CCUUCACUGAGCUGAGCUGGGACUGGGUUGCACAUGUUGGGUUUGGUGUAGCUAGCUGCAGUUAAGUUAAACUCUGCCGUAGGAGCUUCUGGUUCUCUGCAGUCGCAUGGAUGUCCCUGUGGAGUAAUGUCCUUCAGGGCUGUGGUUUUAUUGCAGAUAAAGGCCCCAGCAAAAGCUGUGUAUUAAACCAUGGAGGCAGAUGAGGGAUUGAUUCUCAACGUGAGUUCUCUGCCUUCCCCAGAGUCCCACCAUUCUGCAGAACACAAGAGGUUCCGCAAGCCAUCGCUCGGCAAGGACAAGUGGCAAUCUAAAGCUCUGAAAAGGAAGCUCCAAUGGGCAGACGAAGGCACACCUUCAAAGCAGAAACCCAAGUUGUCAGUAUCCCCAAUCAAGAAAUGCACUAAGGAGGCUGACAUCUGCGUGAAGGGAAAUUUGUCAUCAAAAUCUCCUCCGAAGAAGCACUCGACUGACAGACAGAAUGAGAGCCUACGCAGCAGACCUUUCAUUAAGACAUCUUGUCUGUUUAAAAACAACCCUAAGAUUCCAGAAAUUCACAGAGGUGGAGUGAAACAGGUGCAGGAAAAAGUUUUCACUUCAGAUUCUUUCAGCCAGCUGGACCUCCAUCCCCAUCUGAUUUCCACAAUAACCACUGUCUUGAAGAUGGCUAGUAUGACCAGUGUUCAGAAGCAAACUAUUCCUGUGCUGCUAAAAGGCAAGGAUGCACUGGUGAGGUCCCAGACAGGGUCAGGUAAAACUCUUGCCUAUGGCAUCCCCCUUGUACAGUCCUUGCAAGGAAUGAAGUCAAAAAUACAGCGCAGUGAUGGGCCUUAUGCACUGAUAUUGGUUCCAACAAGAGAGCUUGCACUACAGAGCUUUGAUACAGUCCAGAAAUUGCUGAAGCCGUUUACCUGGAUUGUGCCUGGCGUGCUAAUGGGGGGAGAAAAGAGGAAGUCUGAAAAAGCCAGAUUACGUAAAGGAAUAAAUAUCCUCAUUUCGACUCCUGGCCGCCUGGUGGAUCACAUCAAGUCCACAAAGUGCAUUCACUUCAGUCGUAUUCAGUGGCUGAUUAUGGAUGAGGCCGACAGGAUCCUGGACUUGGGCUUUGAGAAGGAUGUGACCGUGAUACUCAAUGCUUUAAAUGCAGAGAGCGAGAGGCGGCAGAAUGUCCUGCUCUCAGCCACGCUCACAGAAGGAGUAACAAGGUUGGCCGAUAUCAGUUUGCAUGAUCCAGUGAGCAUUGCCAUUGUGGAGGAAACCUGGGACAGAACCACACCAGAGCAGGAAGCCAUUGGUUCACCAGCCCACAUGGAAGAGGGUGGCUUUGCCAUACCGGAGAAGCUCAAACAGCAUGUGGUGGUGGUUCCCAGCAAACUGAGGCUUGUCACGCUGGCAGCUUUUAUCCUGGGGAAGUGCAAGUUUGAAAAACACCACAAGAUGAUCGUUUUUUUCUCCAGCUGUGAGCAAGUGGAGUUCCACUACAAGCUCCUCCUGAAAGUCCUGCUGGGAGGCCAAGAGGCUGAAGAACCUGAAUGUUUGCCACUCUCCUCUUCACACUUAAAGUUCCUGCGACUACACGGCAACAUGGAACAGGAGGAAAGGACAGCAGUGUUCCAGGAGUUCUUACCAUCCAAGACAGGCAUCUUACUUUGCACUGAUGUCGCAGCACGAGGAUUAGACCUGCCUCAGGUUACAUGGAUUGUUCAGUAUAACGCUCCAGCUUCACCUGCAGAAUACAUCCACCGAAUUGGGAGGACGGCUCGGAUUGGCUGUCACGGGAACAGCUUGCUCAUCCUGACUCCUUCGGAGGCAGAAUAUGUCAACUCGCUGGCUUCUCACAAGAUUAAUGUCUCCGAAAUGAAGAUGGAGGAUAUUCUGUCCAGCCUGAUGAAAGACGAUCGUUUCAAGGGGCGCCGAUGGGGAACCAAGAAAUCCCGUGGCACGAACCCCCAGGAAGUGCGGGAACGGGCGACGGUCUUGCAGACGGAAUUUGAAAAUUAUGUGCACUCCGGUGAGGGAACUGUCCAGUGGGCAAAGAAAGCGCUGCAGUCGUUCCUUCGCUCCUACACCACCUACCCCAAGACCCUGAAGCACAUCUUCCACAUCAAAUCCCUCCACCUGGGCCAUGUAGCCAAGAGCUUUGGGCUGAGAGACGCCCCUCAGAACCUCAGCGCCUCCAUGGCUGCCAGUCCAGGAAAGAAAACCAAACUGCAACCAAAAAGGCCUGACCUUCGCAGGAAAACCCAAGGCAAACGCCGCCUCGCUGAAAUCUUGCGAUCUGAAUACUCUAGUGGGAUGGACUCUGGUGUAUCCAAGGUCAAGAGAAGGAAAGGACACGGGAAACCUGGCAACUAGAAAAUGCUGAGCUGAACUGGGAGUUUCCAGCUCUUUGCUGCAGAAACUAGUUCUGGAGAACGCAUGGGGCAGAAGGCAAGGCGACAUGCAACGCAAACUGAGGUGCACCAGAAUUUAACAGAGAAUUUUUAAAAGGCUAAACCCUCAGAGAGCUGAGCCCCCAGAAGACCUGAAUGGAGCCGAAAUCAAACAUGUUCUGUUCUCAGUUAAGACUGCUCCAUUGCAAAUAAAUGCAGCUUCAUGAAGAUGCACAAAGUUUCUAAGUUUUGCUGUUUUAAACCAUGACCAUUGUUUUUGUAAAUAAAAUGUGGAGCAGUCAAAUGAAGUGUAGAGAGAAAUGUGCAACCACCAAAAAAUAAAGUGACCAUCAAAUGGGUUAAGAUAGGAGCUGAGUUCAUUGGGGCGAUUAUGAUGUUUAAAAGGCCUAUAGGAACCAGUUGUUUGGGUUUUUUUAAUAGAGAAAGCUGAAGUGGUGCCUGGACGUUACUAUCUUAGUUGUUUAUUCUGAGAUUAGCUAGUAUCCAAGCCUUCGCCUGACCUGAGCAAGCUGUGGAGCUUGGGCCAGAUCCAGAUGGCAUUGAAGUGAAUGGCAAAAGUCCCCAUCACUUGAGAACAAGAUUGUACGUAAAUAGACAAAUGCUCCAUUCCCUACUCCUCUCUCGGGCAAAAUGUAGAGGUAGGAUUUGUCCCCGAAUCCUUCAGGAUUUAGCCACAUGUAAUAUGUCUUGCUUCUCAGCACAGAAAAGUCUGUGAGGAGCAUUUCUAACACUUAGUGAUACCAUCAUUUUGUAGCGCGCUUUAUUGCUCAUUCUGAAAAGCACAUUGACUUUAGCUGUCCCUUGCAUCGGUCAAGCUUAUUUAUUUAUUUUCUUCGCCUUUUCAGGAGCAUAUUCUAGGCUAAUUGAUUUGUCUCCUUGUGUUCCCCUGUUUGCCUUUGAAGUGGAAAGACCCAAAAGCUGGAAUUUCUUCCUUCUUUUAUUGAUUUUAUUCCUCCUCAGAACCCAGGAGGGAGGGGACUCCUGGGAAUUCUUUGUGGUGUGAUCGGAGAGAGGCUGUGAUUGGGCCCAUUCAUGAUUGCCUGGCACUUGGAAUAAAUCCUAACUCUUUUGAAGUCAAUGGCAAAACUCCCAGUGACGUCAGUCGGGCCAGGAUUCCAUUGGAUCGUCAUUCUGUGCAGGAGAUGGCGCUUUCUCAAGGCCUGGUGUGAGAUUGUAGCAUGAGUUCCCCACUGGAACUAUGGACCUUUGCAAACUUCACCACCUUCCACUCUGAGUGCAAGGCUCACUCCCUCAGUCUGCCUUCUCUAAGAAAAACACAGCCAACACACACACUAAAAAACAAAAUAAACCCCAACCAAAACACAAACCCUACCAAAACAGAGCGCUCCACUGCACACACAAUUCUUCCCCGGGGAGAGGAUGAGAGAGAGAGAACAAACUACACAUGACAGAUGUUAGUCACGUCGCCUAAUGCACUACCAUAAGGGGCUCAGAUAGAACAGCAAGGAGGGUGGUAUAAGAACAUAUAUGAAACAGAAUUCACAGCAGUGCAAAGUGGGCUUAAAAUGUACCCGAAUCAGCAUGAUAUCCACUUGGCACUGAGAUAAGUGAUGACACACGCUGCAGAGUAACAGUGAGUUGUGUCCCGUGUUGCAGAAGGGGCACAAUCAGUCCAAAAGUGUUUAUUUUGUCAAGUGAGUGUAACUCUUGAGUAUCAGAACAAUUCUUCUCUUCUCUUCCCAAGUGAUCACUGAACAGCACCUUCCUGGUUUUAAAGCAGUAGUUUUUGAGAAAGAAGGAUGUGAAAAAAAUGCUCCGAUGUAAAAUAAAGUGAAGGGCAGAGAGUCGGAGGGUAAUCAGGAUUUAUUAGAUCAAAAUUAAAUAAAGAAACCACCCUCCUGAUAUUUGGGGGAGGGGAAGGGGACGGGAAAUCAGUUUUAAAAAGUAACCUGAGGCUGAAAAUGACUCAUUGUGUGAUGCAAAAAGUGUAAACUUGGGGAGAAUUGAUCCUAUGCAUGAAGGGGGGGGGGAAAUAUGACCUUCUCCAAGAUGACUGUCAUAUGAGAAUUAAUAGAGACUGUGAAUUUAUAAUACUAAUACCAAAGAUCUGCCAGCACCUCAGUCAGACAUUAGGAAAUCUCCUCACUCUCUGUUAUUGGGGCGUGUCCUGGGCUUGAUGGAACAGUGAGCGAUUAAGCUUUUUUACCUGUAUACCUUUCUCUGUGAGCCUCACCGUCUUUUAGUUGGUAGCUGUGCAUUAAUGCUGAGUGAUUCUGGGAGGGAAGGUGGGAGAGAUCAUCAGAAAAAAUGGUAAAGGAAACAGAUGUAUAUUUAAAGAAAAGUCAAACGUUUAUCUGAUCAUGAUCUUGAGGUCCCUUCUGCAAACCUCAGGAUUUAUGAGUAGGUUUAUAUGUAGCUAAAUUCUGCUCUCGCUUACACCUAUGCACCCCAACUGAUUGCAUUGUCUGUCCCAGAAUCUGUAUUCUGAUCUAGUUUAUCACAUGUAGCAGCUUUAGCUAAUUUUAGCUAAAUUUAAACCACAUUUAAUAUAAAUCAGUAUCUGAGUGUUGGCUCUUGGUAUAGAUAUUCUAC